AUGAAACGUAAAGAAAUUGACUUUCAAUGUCCACCUAACAAUGAAACAGCCCUACACGUAGCAACACGAAAACAGAACAAGGAAAUUAUUCGAAUGCUUCUACUUUACGGUGCACAACGGUCGCUAAGAAAUGCAGAUGGUCAAGAAGCGUAUCAACUAGCCGAAACAAAGGAAAUCAAAGAUUUAUUUAAACGUCAAAACUCAUUCCGUUUUGCAUUUCUACACAGUGUCUGCAAGACGACUCCCUUAUUUCAACAAAAAAUAAAAUGUGAAAGUUGUUCGCUGGUAAAUGAUGAUACUUUCUAUGAAUGGGAAUUAAUUGAUCGAAAUGCAUCACAAAAAGCACUGAGAUUUCGUCGUGAACUGAAGCCGUCUACAUCAAUAAAUAAAAAAGUUUUAAAACAAAAACUUUAUUCAAUAAAGAAAGGUUAUAUCACUGCACGCUUACAAGAUGCUUCUGUAGCAGAUGGUGAACGUAUAAAUGAUUAUUUUAAGCGUGCACUCUUUCAACAAGAUCCUCAUUAUAUUAUUACUGCAUAUACCAUCUGUCAAAAUUUUUCAGAAUUAUUAAACAAAGAUAUGGCACGUAAUGUCAUACAUGAUUUGAAGAAUGGUUGUAGUAAGUUUUCUUGUGAUUGUCUCUAUUCAACAGAAGAUGGUACUAAAUCAAUUACAAAUAUUCUUCUUCACCAUUCAACGUUUCAACAAUUCAGUUUCAAAGGUGAAGUGUAUCGUGGUAUUGUCGUGCCUAAAAAUAUUCUUGAUCAUUAUAAGGUUGGCUCUUGUAUUAUUACAACAACAUUUCUUUCAACAUCAAAGAAUCCUGCUGUUGCACAAGUUUUUUGUGAUAAAGGAUCGGUAAAUUCAACUGCACAUUCAUUCUUCUGUAUUUAUGAAAUUCUUGAUAACAAUCGUACUGCUCUUGAUAUAUCGAAAAUAUCAGAAUUUGAAGAUGAAGAUGAAGUAUUGAUCUUACCAUACUCAGCUUUUCUUAUUACAAAGAUUGAAGAAGGGCAAGAAACAACAAAAAUUUAUUUGAAAGAACAGUGUUUAAAAAACAUGUUUGGUAGUGAUGAAUCACAAGAACAUUCAAUUAAAUCGACUGCAUGUCCAAUGGAACUUGUCGACAGCAAUCUAUUGGAUAAUAUGAGUGAAAUAUUAUUGCAAGAGGAUGAUAAUAUAAGACCACGCUCAAAGACAACGCCCAUAUUAGAGACAUAUUUUUAA